AUGACGCUUUUUCGCUUUUGUAAUUGUACAUUGAUACGCAAUCAUGCCUUAAUAGUUGAUGAUCUUUGGAUUCGUCAUGGAAAGAUUAUCGAUCCUGAAAAAGUAUUUUUCGAUGAAAGAAUUCAAGCUGACGUGGAAUACGAUUGUCGCGGAGUGCUAGUCGCACCGGGUUACAUCGAUUUACAAAUUAACGGAGCGUUUGGUCACGACUUUUCUUCUCCCGAUGAAGCAAGUGAAGAAAUGCUUUUACUCGUCGCACAAAAGUUAACCGCACAUGGCGUCACUGCAUUUGUACCAACUGUAGUCAGCUCCAAACCGGAAACAUACAAGGCAGUAUUACCGAAGUACAAGCGUCGAGCUGGUUCUGCCAAAGAUGGUGCAACUAUUCUCGGUAUUCAUAUUGAAGGCCCAUUUAUCGAUGAGAAGAAACGUGGUGCUCAUCGAACUGAUUUUCUUCGAACAGCUCCAAAUGGAAUAGAAGAUUUGCUUUCAUGUUACGGCUCAUUUAAUGAUGUUUCCAUCAUAACUAUAGCACCCGAAAUUCCGAAUAUGAUCGAAACUGUCAUACCGGAAUUAGUACAAAAGCAUAACAUCGUGGUUUCUGUGGGCCACUCGAUAGCUUCAUUAGAUAUCGGUGAACGUGCUGUUUGUGCCGGUGCUAGAUUCAUCACUCAUUUAUUCAAUGCAAUGCUACCAUUUCAUCAUCGUGAUCCAGGUCUUGUUGGUCUUCUAACAAGUCAUCGUUUACCCACAACAUCAAUUGUUCAUUACGGUUUAAUUGCUGACGGUAUUCAUACGCACUCAGCUGCCGUACGUCUUGCACAUCGAGUACAUCCUCAAGGUCUUGUUCUGGUAACUGAUGCUGUACCAGCAUUAGGACUUCCGGAUGGGACAUAUCACAUGGGUGCUGAAAAGAUUCUUGUGGAAAAUAAGCGUGCAACCAUUGCCGGUACACAAACUUUAUGUGGCAGUAUUGCAUCAUUAGCCGAAUGUGUUCAAAAUAUGCGACAAGCUUUACUUGAUGGAGAAAUAAGUAAACAUGGUGAAGUAAAGAUAGACAAACAAUUCGUUGUCGAAUGUAUUGACGCUGCAACUCUGCAUCCAGCCUCAGUUCUUCAUAUCGAAAAUCAAAAGGGAACAUUAUCAUUUGGUGCAGAUGCUGAUUUCAUUUUUCUUGACGAUAAGCUAAAUGUAUUAUCAACAUUCAUUGCUGGUGAACAAGCAUGGACAGUCAAUGAUAGCUGGUCAAUAAACAAUUUACGUACGAAAAACUCGAGUCAAUAA